UGUCCUCCCAACUUGCUGAGGGUGAUAUUCUGCAAUGUGGGGAAACAUACUUGGCUCUUCUGUUUUUGCAAGUUCAGAUGCAAUAUUUAGAUAUACCUUUCCUCAACAGACCGUCAAGGGCCAACUCCAUGUCUCUGCAGUUACUGUCAGUCCGGAUGAGUAAGAGAUACUUACAGAAAGCAACAAAAGGAAAACUGCUAAUCAUAAUUUUUAUUGUAACCUUGUGGGGAAAGGUCGUGUCCAGUGCAAACCAUCAUAAAGCUCACCAUGUUAAAACGGGAACUUGUGAGGUGGUGGCACUCCACAGAUGCUGUAAUAAGAACAAGAUAGAAGAACGGUCACAAACGGUCAAGUGCUCCUGCUUCCCGGGGCAGGUGGCAGGCACCACGCGAGCUGCUCCGUCUUGUGUGGAUGCCUCAAUAGUGGAACAGAAAUGGUGGUGUCAUAUGCAACCAUGUCUAGAGGGAGAGGAAUGUAAAGUUCUUCCAGACCGGAAAGGAUGGAGCUGCUCCUCUGGGAAUAAAGUGAAAACAACUAGGGUAAGUGGACAGCCAGCUUGGGAAAGCAGAAUGUCUCAUCUAUGGAUGGUUCUGAAGAAUGAAAAAAUCAAUACCAUUUAUAUGAGUGAACAUUUAGUUGUGGAUGGAAUUAAUAUAAAAUACUAA